AACUGCUCCCCUGCUGUUAACCAUUGUAUUUCACAUCCAGUCAGUAUGUCGAAUCUGUGUGAAAUUUCUGUUUUAAUAUUCCUCUGAGAGCACUUUUGCAUUGCUCUGUUUCUUAUUUGUUUUGACUUUGUUAAUGAGUUUGAUAUUAUGAAAUGUGUCAUUUCUCUUUUCUGAGAGAUAAUGUCAGAGACACAGAGUGAUGUCCAUUCCAUAAAGCUGGAAGAGGAAAUCAGCAAGCUGAAGGACCAACUAAUGGUCAUAACAUCCAAGCUGGAUAUACAGCAGCAGGCAUACAUGGUUAAAGUCUCUCAGGAUCAGAGAUCCAAGGAAAAGGAGCUGUUCAAGGCCCUCGAACAAUGGAAGGACGAAGAAAAGGAAAGGCAAAAGGCACAAAUGGAAGAAAUGAGACACAUGAUGCUGAAGGAAUUCAACAAGCUGUCCAAUAUGAUUGAUCUUCUUCAGGAUUUCCUAUUUUACUUGAACAGACUGCACUCCAGUGCCUAUAUUGAGGAGGAGAGGAACCGCAAAGUGGACAAGCUGGAGCGGGAGCUGCAGGAGCAAAAGGAACUGAUAUUAUUUCAGAGGGAGCAGGUCAGCAGUUCCUCAACUGGCAGGGUGCUGGGCAUGAAUAAGCAGCCAGGCCUCAUUCAGGAAACCCUGUAUGAGUGGCCAGAGCUGGAUUUGUCCUAUUUUUAUCAAUGA